AUGUCACAAACACCCGGUGGAGUGGGCGUGUCGAAUAAUUCAAAUCCUUCUACUACUCUUCUGGGUUCAUCUUCUCAACAACAACCCACCGAUAUUAAUAGUAGUUUGAAUAUUUUACAAGAAAAGAUUAUCUAUAUUGAUGAUGAUCAGCCUACUUCUUCCGACAGCUCGGAUACUCAACAACGAAAAAAACAAAUUCAACAAGCAAUAACGAAUAUAUCAGAGUUUUUUAUUUAUUACUAUCAACAAGAAUGUAAAUUUAAUUUAUUAGAUUCAUCAAGUGGUUCAUCUAGCACUGCUACUGCUACUAAUAAUACAAAUAACUCUACAUCCAACAAUACAAGUAAUAAUAAUUUGGAGAUCUUUUAUAAAAAUGUUACAAAUUUCUUAAAUAUAUCUAUUCAACAAUUAUUAAGAGGAUGUGGAGAUUUAUUAUCUUUAGUAGCAAAGAAAUAUUCCUAUACUAAUACUCAUAAUUCUAAUGUUAGUAACAGUAAUAAUAGUGUUUCCAUGAUUAAACCAGUUAUUGCAUACUACAGUAUUGAAGUGUUAGAAUUACUGUUAGACAAAUUAAAAUAUUCAUCUGAAAUUAGUACAGAUUUAAGCGUACACUCAAUGAUUAUCAAGACAAUGGGAUUAUAUAUUACUCAAUUAAAACAUUUAAAUGAAGCCAAGGUCUUGUACAUUACUGAGCAUUUAUUAGAAUAUGAACAAUUUAUGAUUGAUUUGAUAACAAAUGUUUUUGAUGAACAGUACAUUAAACAAUUAUCAACCAUUCAAUCAGAAUACCAAAAACAUAUGCACAAAUAUGUUUAUGACAAGCUGUAUAAUAACAUUUAUCAGUCAGCCAAGUCAUCUAUUAGUAAUGCAAUUAUUGAUUCUACAUAUAGUAGAGAUGCUAUUUCUAUUAUGAGAUAUCAAUUGUUAAAGACAUUAUACUAUAUUUUACUGAAUGGAUCACCAUCAUGCAUUGAAAAAUACACAAUUUCAAUGAUUCAAUAUUUGAAUUUUAAUGCUAGAUAUGAAAAGAAGUACUCCAUUCUAUGUAUCCAAGAAUUAUUCGUCUCAUUGUUUGGUAAAAAGGAUAAAUACUACAAUCUUAAUAUACCAAGUUACGAAAACAUGAAACCAGUGUUUAUCAAUGAUGAAUAUGAUGUUAUUUCAAAUAAUGAUGUGAAAAAGUCUAAUGGCCUGUUCGACAAGAUUUUUGUUGAAGGUAAAAAGUAUUCUAUCUAUGCUAGAAGAGCAAUGAAUAGCGAUUUGAAUUCUAAUAGAGUUAGAACUAGAAGUCUGCUAGUUCCUUAUGGUGAAUCUACUUCUCCUUCUAAAAAUACAACUGGAACGACUGGUGGCGGUUCAAAUACACCUUCUACCAAGAAGGCAUUCAGUUAUGAUUCUCAAUUUUUAAAUACUGGUAAAACAUAUAGACAAAUAUUGGGAAUGUUCAAUCCUGUAGUGAUUGGUUUAACAAAAUAUUUCAAACACACUCAUGACCGAUCAUUACAAAAUGUGGUUUUAUUCAUGUUAAUUAGAAUGAUUUGCAUUGGAAUAGAUUUUAGUCAAUUGGAUAAGGAUUCAACAUUCAUCAAGUUUAUUUUUAAUCAAUUAGAAAAGUUUGACGAACCUGACUUUGUUUUAUAUCAAAUUAUGGACUUUUUGUCUGUUUUAUUGUUUAUUGUCAAAUACCAACAUUUCCCUGAGAAUCCAUUUGAUUCUAUUGUAAAAUUAGUUCAAUCAACAUUCAAUAGCUCACAGUUUGAAAAGAACGGAAAUUCAAUUUUAAAGUCAAUUUCACCUGUAAUGAUAAGAGGUUUCUUAUGUGAAAUCAGAACUGAAAAAGUUGAAAAGAGUUAUGGUAACUUGAUGCUGAAUGAAUUUUUGAAAAAUGUAACCUUACCAGAAUGUCAAUCUGUAUUGACAUUGCUAUUAAGAAAUGUUCAUCAUUCAACUUUAACAUGUUCAAACACCAAUAAUACUACUGGUAAUGCCUCAUCAAGUAGCAAUAGCAACAAUACAUCAUCAAAGGAUGCAACAUCACUUCCGUGGAUUGAAUUAUCAAAUUCUAUUCUUAAAGAAUGGGUUGUUAAACAUAAUUUACAGGUGGAUGUAGAUUGGAAUUUAAUAUCAAACAUUUCUAACCAUUUCCAAACAAAUAACAUUGCUACCACUUAUUAUAAUCACACUGUAAAUUCAAAUAGUGGAGGUUUAACAUCAAACUCAUCUGCUUCAAAUGGAAAUCAAUCUAUGAAUUUGAAAUCCAAUCUUGUUUUCCAAAAUAGAUGUAAAAAAGAAAAUGUUCAAUAUGAGUUUAAUAAUUGUGAAUUUAUAAUUGAACUUUCUAAAAUAUUUUAUUUCAUUGAUGCAUUGUACAUUAAUAUUAAUGACCAAGCAAAGAUUGUAACUCACUUGAUAGAUUCUUUUGAUGAACAUUUAGAUCAAAAUUCUCUUGAAAAACAAGUUCAAACACCUUCCUCAGUUCAACAUAAGGAAAAUAUGAACGAAAAGUUGAGUGUUAUUAAUAGCUUGCUAAAGUCCUUGAUAUUUAUGAAACUCUUGAAUAGAAUUGAUAAGAAACAAGCUAACGUGCAAGAAAAUUUAAAGAAUCUUGAAAGGUUUUUGCAAUCAAUUUCAAAUGCAUUGAAUUUAUAUUUGAAUCAUAGAGACACUUCCUCGAUUAUCGUAAUCAAGUAUUUAACUUGUGAAAUGUUGACUGUCACAAUAGAAUUACAAGAGAGAUUGUAUAUCAAGUUGUUGACACACGAACAUGUACGACAAUCUGAUCAUUUGAAUUCCAUUUUCCAUAAUCAAAUUUUGCACAUUUUGAAAUUAUUUAAUAUUAACUACCUCAAACAUUAUGAUUUUACAAUUUAUACUUUGUUGUUCUCACUUUUGCUUGCUCAUUCAAAGGUAGAAAAACAAUUUGGAGUUUCAUUCUUGAAUUAUUUAUAUGGUUUUUAUCACUCUAAUAUUUAUAACUUUAAUAUUUUGAAUAAUACCCAAUUAUUAUUAGGCAUUAAUGAAAGUAUUGCAUCCGAUGAGAAUAAUUUAACAUAUCAUGAAUUUGUAAUUCAACAAAAAUCAGUUUUCCUCAGUAUGAUCAACAUAAUUGUAAAUUAUCAAGAUAAUAUCAUUGAAUUAUUCAAACAAUGCGAAAUUAAUAAUCUAUCCAAUCGUAUUUGGAAAGAAAUAUUCAAUCACUUUGAUGAGCCAUUAAUAGAAAAGUUUUUGGAAAAGUUCUGUAGAGAUAUUUGUUGUGAAAAUGAUCUAGUCGGAUUAUUUGACGAAUUGAAUGAUAAAUUCAAAUCCCAACUACAUUUAAACGAUUUGAGAAUUCUAUUUAAGUUUAUUAAGAAUAAUAUUAAAAAAGAACAUUUAAUUUGGUUGCAUCCUAAGAUUGUCAACCAAUUGGAAGAAAGAUUAAAGAUUGAAACUACAUUUAUGAAAAGAAAAGUUAUAUCUGAUAUGAUUAAGUAUAUUAAUUCAAAUAUUGAAAAGCCAAAUGAAAAUUCAAAAUUAAACCAAGAAUUCAAAAACUUGGAUUUAAUUUUAGAAAAGGUUAAAAAUGAAAUGUUUAAGAAUCAAAAUGAAAUUCCUCCAUCAAAAUUAGUUAAUAACUUUUUCACCUAUAACAAUUUAGUUUCUAAUCCAUUAGUAAUUUCAAACUUCUUAAUUGAAUAUAUGGAUAAAAAUGAACUUAAAUAUGUUCCUAGUAUAGUUAGCAAUUUAAAUAUUCAAUCAAUUAACAACAUUCUAGUACAUUUCAAAGAUAACGUUGAAUUUAUAACAUCAUUAUUAAUUCAUUUGAAAUCUAAAGAACAAAUUUUACCUUUUAUUGAAUUUACGUUCAAUGAAUUGAAUAAUAUUCCAUAUAACUUUACAAGUUAUUUGAAAUUAUCUAAUUUAUUAUCAAAGUUACUAUCAAAAUGUAGAUCAUCAAAUGAUUUAAUUCAAUUAUAUGAUAAGAAUAUGGUUAUUAAUUUUACAAUUAAUUUUAUUGAAUUAUUUUAUUUGGAGAGAAUUCAAAAACAUAAUGUUGAUAUUACAGAUGUUGAUUAUAUUUUAUCGUUAAUUUUACAAAUUUUGUAUUCGUUUGGUAAUUCUAUUGAAUAUUAUUCUGAAAAUUUAUUAUUAAUUUUAAAUAAUCCAGAAAUAGAUUUAAAUUUGAAUACUAAUAAUACUUCAUCUAAUACUACCAAAACUACUACAAGUACUGUGGAAGAAACUAAGAAUACUACUCUAUUAUUAAUGGAAGAUGAUUAUGUUGAUAGCUUUGCAACAACAACAGAGGAACCAACUGAACAAGAACCACAACAAGAAGAUCAAUCACCUAACAAGGAGACUAACAAUUCUAUUUUAGAAAUGAAUGAAGAUGAAAGAAGGGUACUAAAAUUCAUCAAAUUAUCAUGUCAAUUAAUAAUUGAUGCCACAAGCGUUUCAUCACAAUCCAUCAAUUACAAUAAGGAUAUUAAUAUUUUGAAAUAUUUAAAGUUGAUUCUAUUCAAAACUUUCCAAUUAUAUCCAAAUAUGCAAGCUUCUAAUGAGGAUAGUGAUAUUUAUGGAAGUGUUGGAAAUACUACAUCCUUGUACGGAUUUUCUAUUGGUAAUAGAAUACCAUUUAUUUCAUAUCAUCAUUUGAAGUUGAUUAGAUCUAUUGGUUUGGAGCUUUCUAAAUGUUUUAUUAAUUUAGUAUAUGAUCCAUAUUUACCAAACAUGGAAACACAAUAUUUCCCUAGAAUUGAUAUAGAACAAGUUCAAACGUUAAUUUUCAUGAUACAAGAAAUAGGUUGCAAUGAAGAAAUAUUUAAGCAAUUGUUCGAAAUGAGUUUUGAUUUGCUCAAGAUGGAAAUUACUCAACCAUUUGAUGAAAUUCAUGUUUUAUUUAUCAAAUUGUUGACAUGUAUGAUAUGUAGAAUGAAUCAACCUCCGUCCCUAUCCAAUAACUUUUCAUCCAAUAUAUUAUCAUCAUUUGAUAACUUUGGAAAUUCACUUCUUGGAAUCCAACAUGGUGGUAAUAAUUUGAACUCCAUUUUGAACUCUGUCGAAAAGUACUUGUUAAAAUCUACUGGUUCAACAAAUAGUAGUGGUACUAGUGGUUCAUUCACUGGUGGUAUUGGAACAUCAAAUAAUAGAAACAGUUUCAAUGGAAGCUUUGGUAACAUGAGUAAUUUAAUUGAUAAGAAUAGUAAUACUACUAGACAGAGUAUUAGUGUUGAGGAAAUUUAUUCCAAAGCACUUUUUAACAGCUUCAUGUUAUUUAUUCAUGAUAGCAUCCAAAAAUUCAGUAAGAAUAACUUGAUGAUUACAAAAGAAUUGGUUAAAUCACUCAUUCUUAUUAUGGAAAACAACAUUGUAUUAUUUGCUGUUAAUAAUGGUACUUAUUCAGUUCAAUGGUUGCACGAAUUAUUUAAAAACAUUUAUAAGGAAUGUAAUUUAUACGAAGAUUGGAUAUUAGGACAAUAUGCUCUAUAUGGUUUGAGCAAAACUUAUGCCAUUCUACAUUCAAAUAAUGCCAAAGAUGUCAAUGAAGAUUUUAUCAUCAAAACAAUGGAAUCAUCACUUGUUAACAAUCAUUUGAAACAAUCUGCAUUACAAUCAGUUUUAUCAUUUAUUGAAUGUGGAAAUAGAAAUAUUGUAUUGAAAUUACUUCCUUAUUUAGCAAGCAAUAUUCAAACAUGGUUAUUAGAUAAGGAACAAACUGUUUAUAAUCAAUUAUUAUUGAUGAAAAUGGUAACUCAAAUGGUACAACAAUAUCCUGAAGCAUCUGUUCACCAAUUGACCAAAAAGACUAUGGAAUCUUUAUUCAAUUUAUCAGAUGAUAUUGACGCUCCUUUAACUAUUGUCGUCACCAUCUUUAAAUCUUUACAAAAAUUAUUAAUUAAUUAUUCACUUUCUCAAUUUGAAAGAUCUUUAAUUGAAGCCAUGACAAGUAUUAAACAAUCUACAAUGAUCACCAGAAAUGAUAAUACCAAUGCAGUAACUAAUAGGAAUGAUGCUGGAAUGAUGAACAAAAUUGUUACUCCGUUCAAGAAGAUGACCAUUGAUACUUCAACAUUUAGUAAUUUCACACAAAUGUUAGCUCAAAAUAAGACCAUGUUAAUUAAUAGAAAGUCUACUGCUGGUUCUAUGCAAUCGAGCAGUAAUACUGCGACUGUUAAUACAUCCAGUUCAACUUUACCUUCUAAUAAGACAAAUAAUAGUUCUAGAAUUAGUACUGAGAAACCUUCAAUUACAGCCACAAGUAAUAAUAUCAGUAUUACUGUUGGAAGUGGUAUUCCUAAUUCUACUACCAACACUGCAUCAUCUUCUGUAGCACCAACAAGUAAUAACAAUACAGCAACCACCAAGAUGAAACAAUUCAUGAGUUUCUUCACAACUAAGAAGCAAACGACUCCUCCAACGAGUUCUACGACAACUACCACUCCUGCCGUUAACCAACCAUCAUUAACUCCACCAACUAAUCCUACUUCUGGCUCAUUAACAUCAUCUCCAAGUCUUUCAUCACUUCCAAUGAGUAGAAGUAUGAGCAUGACAUCGAUUGUAUCAAGUAUGGCAAGAUCAAGUGAAAAAUUACAAACUCUCUCACAGACAAGAAGAGUUUUAUUACUUGGAUUAAUGUCAACUUCAAUGUAUACAUCAUCAUGCUCAACACAACAACAAUUAGAUUCACAAAGAGAACGUGCUAAAGUUAAUAUUUUACAUUUAAUUGAACAAUUCCACGAUGGUGAAAUUGAUAGAGAAGAUGGAUUGUUGGAUCCAUCCGCAAAGCCAAAAUAUCGUGUGAUGUUGUGGAUCCUGUUUGGCGGAGGAGCCGCGUGGGAUUUGGAUGGCGGAUUUUCCAUCCCCUCGUGUAAAGGAAAUUCCUUACAAACUCUCCAAUACUAUUUACUAUUGCACACCCAUCAUCAUCAACCCCAACAACAACAAUAUACCACCUCCUCGCUCAAUGUUCAACAUCCAUCAUCAACCAGUAGUAGUAGUAGUGGGCAUCAUAUGGAUCGCAUUGUUUCUCCGUCAAGUCCUCGAGUUAAUACAAACAAACCAACCUUUUCUACUUCCUCCUCUGCCUCCAAUCUUCAACAAGCCUUUUCAUCAUCCAAUAAUAACAAUAAUAAUAACAAUAUAAAUAUUUCCUUUGAAAAUGUUCAAGAGGAAAUUAUUACAGUACCACUCUCACAAGAAUUAAUUCAAGUCUAUCAGAAACAACUCUUUGAAUGUAUACAAAAAUUAAAACAAACACACACCGAUGGUAAAGAUAAAGCCAAAUCACUUGAACAAAUUAUUUAUUUAGCAUGUACAUUAAAAUCUGAUUUUACUAUGGCUCUCUUUGGAGAGUAUAACAAGUCAACAAACAAUCAGCAACAACAAAAUGAUAAAACAACCUCAUCCUCUUCUGCUAGUUCUACUAUGAAUGGUGCCAAUAAUAAUUCAUCAACAACAACAGGACAAUGGACCUACUCCCCACAAUUAGAUUUAUUUAUUAAAUGUAUGAGAUAUUUGUUAUUACAUAGAAGUUCAUAUAUUAGAUCUCUAACAGGAAUUGUUCACUUUUUAAGUUAUAUUGAUGGAACUCUAUUACAAAUGGAGCAACAACAACCUCAACUGCAACAACAACAAUUAAACUCUCGAUCAACAACUGCAACAACAACUGCAACUGCAGGACAAGGUGCCAACAAUGGAAACACAUCAACUGCAGUUUUUAGUGAAUGCGAAAGAAAAUCCAAGUCAUCUACUUCUACCAAUGCAUCUGGUACAACAGGUAGUGGUACCACUACUAGUGUACCUAAUGGUGCUGGAGGUACAACAACAAGUGGUGCUGGAGGUGGUACCGCUAUUGGUUCAUCAAGUUCUGCUUUAAAUACUAGUACAAGUGCUAUACUCUCAACUUCAGCAGCUUCAUCAAUUGUACAUGGUGGAUUUAGUAAUGAUGUAACAUUUUAUGCAGAUCACUCAGGAGAUGAAGAUCGUGUUGUGAAUAUUUGUUUUGUUUUCUUGUCAAUGACAAUUUUAACAUUAAUUGACAGUGGAUUGAUAGAUUCUUUAUUAUAUUUAUCAAAACAAUCAAUGAUUAAUAACAAGAAAAAACAAACUAAAAAUCUAGAUCCAAAAGAUAAAUUGAAUAUCAACGAUGAUGACGACGAAGAUAAAAGUGAAAGAGCGUUUAUUAGUUUCAGAGCAAGUCAAUUAUUACAAUCAGUUUUAUUAUUUAGUGACAUGUUAUUGAAUAAGAGAACAUGUUUAAAUAUGCAAGAUAGAUUUGAUACAGAAAUUGCUAACUUUUUACUUUCUAUUACUAAGAGUAAUUUGUACAGUUACAAAACAUUGAGCAUGUUAUCUGCAUUUUAUCAACAAUCUUUCCAAUCUUCAAAUGUGACUGGAGGUUCAAUUCAUGUUGAUCAAGCAAUGAUUCAAGCUCCAGCUAAUUUAAGUGUUUUAUCUGAUAGCACUCCAGCAUCAUCAGACUCUAUUGGAGAUAGAUUCUCUAAAUUUAGUACAACAAAUAUUCCAACAUUUUAUAUCAGAACUCAAAUUGAUAGUGAUAUGGAUGAUCAAUCAUUUAAUCAAUUGAUUAAAGAGUCUAAUGUACUUGUGACCAAAGACCCAAAGAGAUGGAAUUGGGAAAAGAUUUAUUGUUUAAUAUUUGGUCCAUUGAGAGUUGCUCAUAGAUUGAAAGAAGUUACAACAAAAUCACAAAAAUUGCUAAAAAGAAUACUCUCCUACUUUAAACCUUACAAGAGAGCUUUUAGUGACUUGAAAUAUCAAGAAAGUAAUUUUGGUUAUACAAAAUUAUGUAAUGAAUUGUUGUACAAUUUACUUCACAUGGAUGAAAGUGGUAUUGAAAUUAUUAGAGAAUGUAAAAUUAUUAAGCAAUUCUAUGAAGUAUUGGAAAUUGAAGUUAGAGUUGGUAAAACAACAAGUGUUGGAGGUAGAAAUGAUCCAAAACCAAUUGACUCUGAAAAGAGAUUAUUGAGUGAAGAGCGAGUACAAAAAUACAUGGUUAGAGAUUACUUUACAAUCAUUGGAUUGAUGAGUAGUACAAUCAAAGGAAAAGAAUUAUUGGAAGAAGAGAAAAUAUUUGAUGUUCUCAAGGAUUUAACAACUAGAAGAGAUGAUAUUUCACAAUUGAUUAUCAAACAUUUAGAUUAUACAAGACCAUUCUCUGAUAGAGCAAGAGAAAUAUUAAAAGAAGCAAUGAUGAAUGGUUCAAAUAUUAUCAGAUAUAUUAGUACAUUAUUUAUUAGACAUUUAAUUAGACAAUCUCAAACCUAUCCAAAUAAUUUCCAUGCAUGGGGUGUCCCUCUAUUGACAAGCAAAUUAUAUGAUGAUUGGGAAAAGGUUAAAUUUUCUGCCAUUUCAAUUUUGAGUGAAGUUUGUUGUAUGAACAUGUCUUCAAAUUCGAGUAGUGCUGGUGAUUCAUCCUCAACAUCAGAUUUUGAAUACGAUGAUUCAGCAACAUCCAUGCUCUCAUCACCAAGAGUUUCAAGUGGAAGUAAUGAAAAUUUACUUGCAUUCGUAUCACAGAACAUUUCACGUGACGUGAUGGAGAGCGUCAUGAGAGAGGGACGUGAUGGAAUGAAUUUACUCUUGAAAAUGACAAGUUGUAGAGAAGGUAUUGAUUAUCUUUCACAUGAUAGUAUUAGAUUAUUACAAGAAUUAGUUGAAGAUUGGUUUGAACGUGAGUCUUAUCAAUACUUACAACAAGUUGAAUAUGGUUUAAAUAGAUUUUAUAAUAUGAAUCAAUCUGCUCCAUCCAAUACUAGCUAUUCUCCAAGUUCAACAACUGGUCACACCACAAUUGGAGGAUCGCAAUUAGUUGUCGGAUCUUUAUCACCAUCUGGAUUUAGAGAAACUGGAAUGGCAUCACCAACAUUUAGGUCAUCCAAUCAAGCACAAUUCCAAAGCUUGAGUGGGUCAUAUGACUAUGCUAAACAUGGUGUAAUUUUACAAAGUAAUUUAUAUGGUGAAUUAUGUCAUACACUAGAAGGAUGUACAAUUUUAACAAAUGACAAACAUAGAACAUUACAUUGUUUGUGUAUGAAUUUAUUGAAUGUUUAUCAAUCUGUUUUAACAUAUCACAAUAAUAUUGCUAAUAGAUUAUCAAAUAGUAACGACAGCAAUAUUGAACCACAAAUUGAACAAAUUGUUGAAUUGUGGUCAUUAGCAUUCUGCUGUAGUACAAAUACAGGAUAUGAAUAUUGUAACAGAUAUAUUCAACAAGUUAUUAUUGGAUAUGAAAAGAAUCAAAAUGAAUCAUUCCAAACUGCAGGUGAUGAACAAUUUACUGUUGUUCAAUAUUUUGUUUACAUUGCUUUACAUAGUAAGGACAUUUCAUUAAGAGGUACAACAUUAUACUUGUUGGGUAUUUUAUCUAAAUGUAGUUUAGCUAGAAAAGAUUUAUUCGAAAUUGGAUUUGAAUGUUCAUAUCGUUAUGCUAUUUCAAUUCCAAGAGAUAGAAAGAGUUUCUUUACCAUUAUUACUGAUAAUUCAUCUUCUAAUGAAUCAACAGGUAAAAAUAACACUUCUUCAACAAGUAAUCAUCACCAUCAUCGUAAGGAUGAUUUUGAUGAAGAUGAUUACUUAUUAACAUCAAUUUUGAAAGAGUCACCAAAGAAUGCAGAUUUGAUCAAGGAUCUUGUAUCAAAUGUAACAAAAAUUGCAAAUCCAGUUCAUGAGCAACAAUCAUCAACAAAUUUGCAAAAUCUCAAGACAAAUAUUGCACGAGUUUUGACAAAUAAUGAGAAAUCUAAAUUAAUUUAUUACUUUUUAGGAAAUCAUUUCACCCACUGCAAAUACAAAUGGAAGAUUAUCAAGUUUGUAAUUAAUGACCUUUUGGGUGGUAAUAGUAGCAUGCUUUGUUCAUCUAUUGCAACAUCAAACGAUUCUGCAUUCCCUUCAUUUGAUCCAAAUGUUGAAGAUGAACUCUAUGUUAUGAAUACUCAUUUAUUGUGGUUAGAUACUGAAACAGAUUUGAAAAUUAACAAAUUACAACAACAAUAA